ACGUCGCAAUUUGAAACGAAAAGCGAGCGUUAGCGACUUUAUACCGCAGUUUCUGUUCGACAGCCCUCGAGUUCGGUUCUAGCUCUCUCACCUGAAAACAAACGCAGCUCUAAGCGGCCAACAAUCGCCAUAAACAAAUCAGCAAAGUGUAAUUUAUUUUGGAAGCCUCUUAAUAGAUUUCCACGCGAGUCACAGAGCUCGACACUCAAAAGCAGCUGUCACUUGAACCCAAUCAACGAACGAAUCAACGAAAUAAUAAAUCAGCCACGAAACCAACAACAAUAACAACGAAAAUAGCAAUCACUUCGAGUGCUUCCGAGUGAACAGAUGUUUUGAAAAACACCCGAAAAUCGCGACUAAUCCUGACAAGGACUGUAGGCAAUAGAAGUUAUUAUUGCCGCGAUAACGUAAAGUUUUUUACUGUGCAAAAGAAAGUUAGCUAAAAUCAAGCCAUCUAAGCGGAAGCAGGAGGAGAUACCGCCGAUAAAGUAUUAGCCCUCGGUCGACGUUUCGAAAGACACAAAGGAUCAAGGACCCUGCGCCCGAGUGCGUAAAAUACGUCCUAUUAACAUGGGCGGCAAUGUGGAGCAGCGUCCUUGGACUCCGACGGUCCGAAUUGGCAGGAUCGCUGCCGAAACCACCAAUCCAGGUCCAGCAACCGUCCAGCUUCCGACUUUGAUCGGCAGCAAAGUUCCGGACUCGAAGAAGAAGGCGGCCCCCUCGUACUCGUUUGGGCACAAGCUGGGCGGGAAGUACGACACCUCGGGACCUGGUCCGGCCCAGUAUAAUGUGACGGGAAUGCGGGCGAAGGGCAAGGACUAUCCGAGGGCGGCGACUCUCCAGAGUCGUCCCAAGGAACUGACCCGCUUCUCGAAUCCCGGGCCAGGGGAAUACGACGUGGUGCCGGCGGCCAAGGCGGUGAUCGAUGCCACGCCCAAGUACACUUUUGGCCAGAAGCCGGCGGCUCUGAAGACCUUCCAGAUUCCAGCUCCGAAUAGCUAUUGCCCUGAAAAGGUCACGCAAUCAAAAAAGAAUGCGCCACGCUACACUUUCGGUAGACGAACUAAAAUCGAACACGAUCAGGGCACACCAGCUCCCGGCGCCUAUUGUCCCGAGAAAGUGAAGCUUAACAAGACGCCGGAGUUCAGUUUCGGUAUCAAACACCACGAACAGAGGCCAGAUUACACUCCAGCGCCGGGCACUUACAAACCAGAGCAAGUCGUCCUAGAACACAAUCCCGCCUACAGCUUUGGCCUAAAAACCAAACACAUUCAGGUCAGCGACACUCCAGCACCCGGUGCAUAUAGUCCCGAAAAAUCACGGCUACACUCUACACCCGCUUACUCAAUCGCUGGAAAGGCCUCUCACGAUGUUGUCGAUUGCACACCUGCACCCGGAGCAUACGAACCCGAGAAGUGCGUGCUGAGCAGGACUCCCGCCUUCAGCUUCGGCCACCGCGUGGAGCUCUCCAAGUCCAGCGACACGCCCGCACCCGGAACCUACAACCCGGAGAAAGUGCGGCUGGACCACAUGCCCGCCUUCACGCUCUCCGGACGCCCGGAAACCAAGUCGCUGAGCGAAACGCCGGCGCCCGGUUCGUAUGCCCCGGAGAAGUACCGCAACCAUCGAACGCCGGCCUUCACCUUCGGCGGUAAGCACGAGCAGCGCCUCGAGAGCUCCACUCCGGCACCGGGCGACUACUGUCCCGAAAAAGUGCGGCACGAUCACAAUCCCGCUUUCUCAUUCGCCGGUCGUCACGAUUUGCACAAGACAAGCGACACGCCAGCACCCGGAGCGUACGAAACGGAGAAAGUCCGGCAGGAUCACAAUCCCGCCUUUUCCUUUGCCGGGCGACACGAUCUGCAGAGGCCCAGUGAAACCCCCGCCCCAGGCGCCUACUCCCCGGAGAAGGUCCGCCAGGAUCACAAUCCCGCCUUCUCGAUGGCCGGGAAGUACAGUCAGAAGAUCUCCAGCGAGAGUCCGGCUCCCGGGGACUACUGUCCCGAGAAGGUUCGCUUGGAUCACACUCCUGCCUUUAGUUUUGGGGUGAAGAACGAUCCGAAGGUGGAGAACAACACCCCUGCUCCUGGUGACUACAAUCCGGAGAGGGUCAGACAGGACCACAAUCCCGCCUUCUCCUUCGCAGGUCGUUAUGAUCUUCAAAAGCCCAGUGAUACUCCUGCCCCUGGAGCUUAUUCCCCGGAGAAAGUUAGGCAGGAUCACAACCCAGCUUUCUCUAUGGCUGGAAAACACGAUCACAAGAUCACCAAUGGCACUCCUGCUCCCGGUGAUUACAGUCCGGAGAAGGUGAGAUUAGAUCACACUCCUGCUUACAGUUUCGGAGGCAAGAAUGAUCCUAAAGUAGAGAACCACACCCCUGCUCCAGGAGAUUAUCACCCGGAGAAGGUUAGGCUGGACCACAACCCCGCCUUCUCUUUCGCCGGUCGUCAUGAUCUCCAUAAGCCAAGUGAUACUCCUGCUCCAGGAGCCUACUCUCCAGAGAAAAACAGGCAAGAUCACAACCCCGCAUUCUCUAUGGCUGGAAAGCACAACCAAAAGAUUGUAAGUGACACUCCAGCCCCUGGAGAUUACUGUCCCGAAAAAGUGCGAUUGGACCACACUCCUGCCUACUCUUUUGGAGGCAAGAAUGAUCCCAAAAUAGAGAACAACACCCCAGCACCAGGAGAUUAUCACCCGGAAAAGGUUAGGCUGGACCACAAUCCCGCCUUCUCCUUUGCUGGACGUCAUGACCUUCAAAAGCCAAGUGAUACUCCUGCUCCGGGAGCCUAUUCCCCUGAGAAAGUUCGUCAAGACCACAACCCUGCUUUCUCAAUGGCUGGAAAGCACAUUGAAAAGCUGACAAAUGGGACUCCAGCUCCCGGAGACUACUGCCCAGAAAAAGUACGGUUGGAUCAUACUCCUGCUUACUCUUUCGGUGGCAAAAAUGAUCCUAAAAUAGAGAACAACACCCCUGCUCCGGGAGAUUAUCAUCCGGAAAAGGUGAGGCAAGAUCACAACCCCGCCUUUUCCUUUGCCGGUCGCCACGAUCUGCACAAACCCAGUGAUACCCCUGCUCCUGGAGCUUAUUGCCCAGAGAAAGUUAGACAAGAUCACAAUCCGGCUUUCUCGAUGGCCGGUAAACACACUCAAAGGAUCUCUAGCGAUACCCCCGCUCCCGGCGACUACAGUCCCGAGAAGGUUCGUCUAGAUCACACACCUGCCUACACUUUCGGUGGAAAGAACGAUCCCAAGGUGGACAGUACCACUCCUGCUCCAGGAGAUUACCAUCCCGAGAAAGUCAGGCAAGAUCACAAUCCGGCGUUUUCUUUCGCUGGUCGUCACGAUCUUCACAAACCCAGUGAUACUCCCGCUCCAGGAGCCUAUUGCCCUGAAAAAGUUCGACAGGAUCAUAAUCCAGCCUUCUCCAUGGCUGGCAAGCACGAUCCUAAGGUUUUCAAUGAUACUCCUGCCCCCGGUGACUACAGUCCUGAAAAGGUUCGUCUUGACCAUACUAUCUCAUACACAUUUGGUGGAAAGCAUGACCAGAAAAUAGAAAACAACACUCCCGCUCCUGGCGAUUAUCAUCCCGAGAAAGUAAGACAAGAUCACAACCCAGCGUUCUCCUUUGCCGGUCGUCACGAUCUCCAAAAGCCGAGUGAUACUCCCGCUCCGGGAGCCUAUUGCCCUGAAAAAGUCAGACAGGAUCAUAAUCCUGCCUUCUCAAUGGCCGGAAAAUACAUUCAGAAGAUCACUAAUGGCACACCAGCUCCUGGUGACUACUGUCCCGAGAAGGUUCGCUUGGAUCACACUCCAGCAUAUAGCUUUGGUGGCAAGAACGAUCCGAAGGUGGAGAACAACACCCCUGCUCCUGGGGAUUACCAUCCCGAGAAGGUUAGGCUGGACCACAAUCCCGCCUUCUCCUUCGCAGGUCGUCAUGAUCUUCAUAAGCCCAGCGAAACUCCCGCUCCAGGAGCUUACUCCCCAGAGAAAGUAAGACAGGAUCACAAUCCCGCUUUCACAAUGGCUGGAAAGCAUGAUCCCAGGGUCACGAAUGACACUCCGGCCCCUGGAGACUACAGUCCAGAGAAAGUUCGCUUGGAUCACAAUCCUGCUUUCACUUUUGGAGGCAAACACGAUCCCACAGUUCAGAAUAACACCCCUGCUCCCGGAGAUUACCACCCAGAAAAGGUUCGGCAGGACCAUGUUCCCGCCUUCUCCUUCGCCGGAAGACACGAUCUCCAAAAACCCAGUGAAACCCCUGCCCCAGGAGCUUAUUCCCCAGAGAAAGUAAGACAGGAUCACAAUCCAGCUUUUACGAUGGCUGGCAAGUACGAUCAAAAGAUUACCAAUGGCACUCCAGCACCUGGAGAUUACAGUCCUGAAAAGGUUAGGUUAGAUCACACUCCUGCUUACAGUUUCGGCGGAAAGAACGAUCCCAAAAUAGAGAACAAUACCCCCGCUCCUGGGGACUACCACCCAGAAAAAGUUAGACAGGAUCAUGUUCCCGCCUUCUCCUUCGCCGGAAGACAUGAUCUCCACAAACCGAGUGAAACACCCGCUCCAGGAGCUUACUCCCCCGAGAAAGUUAGGCAGGAUCACAAUCCAGCUUUUACGAUGGCGGGAAAGCACGAUCCUAGGGUUUCGAACGACACUCCCGCCCCUGGGGACUAUCACCCCGAGAAAGUUAGGCAAGAUCACACUCCCGCCUUCUCCUUCGCCGGUCGCUAUGACCUGCAGAAGCCCAGUGAGACACCCGCACCCGGAGACUACUCCCCCGAGAAGGUCAGGCAGGACUUCAAUCCGGCGUUCACCUUCGCCGGCAAACACGAUCCGCGACCCCUGAGCGAAUCCCCCGCCCCGGGAGACUACUGCCCCGAGAAGGUGCGACUGGACCGGACUGCACCCGCUUUCAGCUUUGGCGGCAAGCACGACCCCAAGGCGGAUCACCUCCAUCCAGCGCCAUGCGACUACGCCCCCGAGAAAGUGCGUCUCGACCAUACACCCGCCUACACAAUUGCAGGUCGUCCAACCGCCGAGCCCGUGAGCCACACCCCUGCUCCAUGUGACUACCACCCGGAACAGUGCCAGGUGGACAGCACUCCCGCGUUCACCUUCGGCAUGCGACUGGGCAGGGAACGCAUCUCCGACACGCCAGCACCCUCCGCUUACGAGCCGGAAAAACACACUCUGCACUCCACACCCGCCUAUACUUUUGGCACCAAGUCGGACAUCCGAGUGACCACCGAUGCCCCAGCCCCCGGUCACUAUCAUCCCGAGCAAUGCAAGCUGGACAGCUCGCCGGCCUUUAGUUUUGGCCUUAAGACAGUGCCAACUGCUUCACUUCCAGAGCCCAAAGGCGCUUAUAUCGAAGAUCGCAUUGUCCAAAGACGCGAAAGACGCCUGGCAAGUCCCGUGCGCAACCAUGUUGAGUCCACCACCACAACCACUAACAAUAGCAACAAUGCUGGCAGCAGCAACACCACAACAACAACAACAACAACCACCACCACCACAAAGACCUUUAUCAAUGGGGUGGAGCAGCCAGAGUUGCAACAAAAACAGGUCACCAAGCAGGUGAAUGGCACCACCCACAAAGAGCUUAAGUCCGCACCACCAGCACCACUUAGCAAUGGCAACCAGAGCCACUCGAAGGUGGUCAGCACCACCACCACAAUGCAGCAGGUGGCCCACGGGCAGAAGGAGAGUGGCAACCUGAAGGUGGUGGCCAGCGGUAAGUCGGAUGCCAGUGCCACCAAGUCGGCGGCAGUGAGCCACCAAACGGUGGUGCAGUCAGAUGGCGCCAUCGUGACCAGUGGCCAAUCCUCAAGGACGCAGACGGUCAAGUACGCUGUGGAAGCGAGCAGCGUGCAGGAGAAGAUCAUCAGCUCCUAACGUCUACAAAAUACCCACCGUCAUGGGCAGCAGCAAGGAGGGCAAGAUUCGCUCGGCUCCGGCUUACACGAUCACGGGUCGCGAGAAGCCGCCACUCAUUCC